CUUCUUCUUCUUACAGAAUCAAAAUCAAAUCGAAGAUUAGUUGUAGACAUUACCAUCUUUCUUCCGCCAUUAAAUAUUUUCACCCUCUUCCUUCUCCCAACUGCCAUAGACAGCUAUUCUCCACCUCCCUCUCUUCUCUUCUCUAUCAAUCAAGAACCUCAGAAACUAACUUUCAAACCUCAGCGAAUCACUCAAAAAUGGGCUCUUCUCCUUCAAAACCCGCUUCUUCUACUUCUCCGGCGAUCCACCGAGCUUUCUCUUUCCCGACGCCGUCAGUUCACCAUCCUCCGGCAAGAAAAGGCGACACUCACCACCUCGUCUCCCUCACAUCCACCUCGUACGGUUCUCUCCUCCUCGUCGAUCUCGACGGAUCCAAAACCGUCUCCGAUCCUAUCUCAAUCUCCGGUCCAGACUCGGUCUCACGCGACUCGCUCUCUCCUGACUCGGUCAUCAACACAUGGGAGCUUAUGGACGGCUUGGACGACGACGAAUUCGAAUUCGAAAGCCCUAAUCUCGGUAACCCUAUCUUGGAUCUUUGCCCUAAACCCGACCCGGAUCGGAAUGUGUCGGUUUUGAAACUAGACGGAUCUUACGAACUCGUGAGAAUCGAACAAGAAGACGAAGGUUGGGUCCCGUUGUCUUAUAAACCAAAGCAACCUCUUUGGAAGCAUUUGUCUGAAGAAUCAUUCUUGUCUGGUUUAGAUCCUAGCAUUGUCUCUUCUUACAAUAAAGCUGUGUCUUCUGAGCAAUUAAGCAAUGAUAGUAUCAAUGUCGAGGCUAUAAGUACACAGGCCAAAGAAGAAGACAAGAUUGUGCUCUACUUCACAACCCUCAGAGGGAUUCGAAAGACGUACGAGGAUUGCUGUUGCGUUAGAACGAUACUGAGAGGGUUUCAGGUGACGGUAGACGAGCGUGACAUCUCCAUGGAUUCGAAAUACAGGAAAGAGCUACGAAGCAUGCUCGGAGAUGCGGACAAACCGGUUUGUUUGCCUCAGGUGUUUAUCGGGGAUACUUACAUUGGUGGUAUAGAGGAGAUUAUGAAGCUAAACGAUAGUGGCGAGUUAUCUGAGAUGUUGAUAGGUUUCCCUGCUUGUGAAUCCUUGGGGACAUGCAGGAGCUGUGGUGAUGCAAGGUUUGUGCCUUGUAGUAACUGUGAUGGUAGUACCAAAGUGUUCGAGGAGCGAGACGAAAUGUUCAAGCGGUGUUCGAAGUGUAAUGAGAAUGGAUUGUUGCGUUGUCGUGAGUGUUGUCUCUAAGUAAAGAGCUGUGUGGGUGGGGUGAAAUGGUAUUAGAUUGAUUGUGUGAAUUGUGAAGGGAGUAAGAUUACUAAGAUGGUAUUGGUUUAGUAUCUAUAUUAUUAAAGUUGAAGUACAAAAUGGAGAUGUUUGGAAACAAAGAUAAUAGAAUAAAUGAGAUAUGUUUGGUAAUAUGAAUAGUAGAAUAAAUGAGAUAUGUUUGGCAAUACGGAUAGUAGAGAUGGAUAGUAGAGAUGUGUACUUUCUUUUAUUUACAUAUUUAGCCAUUGUAUUUUCAGUAAAUUAAUAACAAAUGAAAAUUAAUUGGAAACAUGAAUAACAUAAUUAAUACUUCUUUUUGUUUAAACAUUUAGCUAUUGUUUU